AGUAUGACAUUGGUUUUUCAUUGUGACUGUCAAGUGUCAAGUCAAUAGUGUCAAUUUGCUUAACAGCCAAGAGCGCGAUUUGCCGAAAUCAAAAGUUUGAAAACAAAUUGUAUUAAAUAAAAUCGCCAAUAACAGAAUUUAUUAACUAGAAAAACUAUGAAUUAAGUUUAAGGCUCGUGAGUGUAAACUUGUGUUUUAACACCAUGGCGUCAGAACACGAAAGAAAAGUUGUUAAAGUGGUUGUUUUGGGCGAUAUCGGUAGAAGUCCACGUAUGCAAUAUCACGCGUUAUCUCUUGCAAACAAUGGAUUGGAUGUGAAUAUUAUUGGUUAUUUGGAUUCUGAACCUCUAUCGGAAAUUACAGAACAUCCUCACAUAACCAUUACCCAACUCCAUCCUAUCAGUAUUGGCCCUAGAUUGAUAAGAUAUGUAGCCAAAACGAUUUGGCAGACAAUAAGUUUACUGUUUACGUUAUAUGUAACCGGCAAAUGCCAUUAUGUUCUGUGUCAGAACCCACCGGCAAUACCUACAUUACCAGUAUGUAGAAUAUAUUGCUUAUUUAGUAAAGCUAAAUUUAUUAUAGACUGGCACAACUAUGCAUAUUCAAUAAUGGCUAUGUCUCUGUCGCCUGACCACAUUAUUGUCAGAAUAGCCAGGUUUAUUGAAACAUUCUUUGGCCAGUCAGCAGAUCAAAGUAUGUGUGUCACAUAUUCUAUGAAGGAAGACCUAAUGAUGAAUUGGAAUGUAAACAAUGCAAUAGUUCUUUACGACAGGCCACCAAAAAUAUUUAGGCCACUUACGAUACAAGAAAAACAUGACUGGUUCCUUCAGCUCAGCAAGACCUAUCCUGCAUUUGGGGAUGAGGAAUUAAGUGAAGUUAAUGUGCCUAAUGCAAAAACUCGAUUUACUAAAGAAGUCAAUGGCAAAGUAGAACUAAGGUCUGACAGACCAGGCCUUCUGUUUAGCAGCACCAGCUGGACUGCUGAUGAAGAUUUUGGAUUGCUUAUGGAGGCUUUACAACUUUAUGAAAAUUCUUGUAAUCUUACUGAUAAAUUACCAAAAUUGGUCUGUGUGAUUACUGGUAAGGGACCUGAGAAAGAGUGGUAUCUCAAGAAGAUAGAGCAGAAGCAAUGGAAGAACAUCCAGGUGUUCACACCUUGGCUGGAAGCUGCUGAUUAUCCCAAAAUGGUGGCCAGUGCAGAUCUCGGAGUUUGUUUGCACACCAGUUCAUCUGGACUAGACCUCCCUAUGAAAGUUGUUGACAUGUUUGGUGCUGGAUUACCUGUUUGUGCUUUUGAUUUUCUAUGCCUUGACGAACUUGUUGAAAACGGAGUAAAUGGAUACACCUUUAGAACAAGUGAAGAACUCUACAAAGAAUUAACAAAUUGGUUCCAAGGUUUUCCAAAUAACAGUCAGCAGAAUGCAAUAGCGGAUAGAAUGCGCAAGGAGAUCACCUCUUUCAGAGAAGUUGGUUGGGAAGACAACUGGAACCUUAGAGUUAAAAAACUAUUUCAAUAAUAUAUUACUGUAUUAUAAUGCUAUUGCUAUUGUAAAUAAUUCCAAAUCAUAUUGUUAAUAAAUUAUACCAUAACAAUAUUGUUAAAUUAUUUAAGAGUUGGUAUUGACACACUUAAUGAUUAACUACUUAUUUUCUGGGACUUUGCAGUCAAGAGGUCUGUUACUAAACUGCGAAUUAAUAUUCUACUACACAGUUAUGCAAUGCAAAGAACAAACUAAAGUAACAUCAAUAAAUAAAUGAUUGAAUUUCUUCUUCAAUACUUUCAUAAGGAUUACUCAAAAUUAUGAAACUAAACCUAAAAAGGUUUCAA